GAGUGGGACAAGAGCUCUGCAGGGCAGGCCACGCUGCGAAGGAAGGAGGCAACACAGGCAAGGGCUGCCUGCUGCCCACUGGAGACCGCACCAUGGAGCCAGGCGGGGCCCGUCUGCGUCUGCAGAGGACAGAAGGGCUGGGAGGGGAGCGGGAGCGCCAACCCUGUGGAGAUGGAAACACUGAGACGCACAGAGCCCUGGACUUGGUACAAUGGACCCGACACAUGGAGGCUGUGAAGGCACAAUUGCUGGAGCAAGCGCAGGGACAACUGAGGGAGCUGCUGGAUCGGGCCAUGCGGGAGGCUAUACAAUCCUACCCAUCACAAGACAAACCUCUGCCCCCACCUCCCCCAGGUUCCUUGAGCAGGACCCAGGAGCCAUCCCUGGGGAAACAGAAAGUUUUCAUCAUCCGCAAGUCCCUGCUUGAUGAGCUGAUGGAGGUGCAGCAUUUCCGCACCAUCUACCACAUGUUCAUCGCUGGCCUGUGUGUCUUCAUCAUCAGCACCCUGGCCAUCGACUUCAUUGAUGAGGGCAGGCUGCUGCUGGAGUUUGACCUACUGAUCUUCAGCUUCGGACAGCUGCCAUUGGCGCUGGUGACCUGGGUGCCCAUGUUUCUGUCCACCCUGUUGGCGCCGUACCAGGCCCUGCGGCUGUGGGCCAGGCAGGGGGCCAGGGGCACCUGGACGCAGGCGACGGGCCUGGGCUGUGCGCUGCUAGCCGCCCACGCCGUGGUGCUCUGCGCGCUGCCGGUCCACGUGGCCGUGGAGCAUCAGCUCCCGCCGGCCUCCCGUUGUGUCCUGGUCUUCGAGCAGGUUAGGUUCCUGAUGAAAAGCUACUCCUUCCUGAGAGAGGCUGUGCCUGGGACCCUUCGUGCCAGACGGGGUGAGGGGAUCCAGGCCCCCAGUUUCUCCAGCUACCUCUACUUCCUCUUCUGCCCAACACUCAUCUACAGGGAGACUUACCCUAGGACGCCCUAUGUCAGGUGGAAUUAUGUGGCCAAGAACUUUGCCCAGGCCCUGGGAUGUGUGCUCUAUGCCUGCUUCAUCCUGGGCCGCCUCUGUGUUCCUGUCUUUGCCAACAUGAGCCGAGAGCCCUUCAGCACCCGUGCCCUGGUGCUCUCUAUCCUGCAUGCCACGUUGCCAGGCAUCUUCAUGCUGCUGCUCAUCUUCUUUGCCUUCCUCCAUUGCUGGCUCAACGCCUUUGCCGAGAUGCUACGAUUUGGAGACAGGAUGUUCUACCGGGACUGGUGGAACUCAACGUCCUUCUCCAACUACUACCGCACUUGGAACGUGGUGGUCCAUGACUGGCUGUACAGCUACGUGUAUCAGGAUGGGCUGCGGCUCCUUGGUGCCCGGGCCCGAGGGGUAGCCAUGCUGGGUGUGUUCCUGGUCUCCGCAGUGGCCCAUGAGUAUAUCUUCUGCUUCGUCCUGGGGUUCUUCUAUCCCGUCAUGCUGAUACUCUUCCUUGUCAUUGGAGGAAUGUUGAACUUCAUGAUGCAUGACCAGCGCACCGGCCCGGCAUGGAACGUGCUGAUGUGGACCAUGCUGUUUCUAGGCCAGGGAAUCCAGGUCAGCCUGUACUGCCAGGAGUGGUAUGCACGGCGGCACUGCCCCUUACCCCAGACAACCUUCUGGGGGCUGGUGACACCUCGAUCUUGGUCCUGCCAUACCUAGAGGUCAGGACAGAUGACGCUACCUGCUCAGACACCACCAAGUUCUCUGCCUGCAAAACCUGGGACCAGGACUCCUGUCUGCGUUCCCAAAUUUGGCUCUGAGUCGAGGCAACCUGCACACAAGACCCCACCAAGGAAUGUGCAAGGACUGAGAUCUGCAGACUUGUGGGUAACUGAUCAGAGACCUCAGCAUGGGGGUGACCAGGGUGACUCUUUAAUCCCUAUCCCCAUGGGCUGGGUACAGGAUAUCCUCCUACCCCAUGACUGUCUUAGGGAGACUUGGGGUACCUUAUGGAUUUGAUGAAUGUGGGGGAACUCAGAGGAACUGGGGCCACCAAGGUUGGAAAAGGGUUUGGUUCUUGACUUUAUAUUCCUUCCAAUACAGCAAUAAACUUUGUCUCCCUUUUUAUUCA